UAGGACUCGAUUGUGUGGUAUAAUUGAACCUUUCUCGAGCGGUAACACUGGCACCGACUGAAAAUGCAAGAAGGGGGCGCCAAUUGUAGCAUGUCAGAAUUUGAAAGAGUUCCAAUGUCGAGCAGCCUGUACAUCCGUCACUCUCGUAAUUAUGUCGAAGAUGUGUCAGUGGAAGUCUGCAAUAUAAUGUCCCGGCUGGGGUACGGAGAGGAAAUCAGAUGGAGACGUGUUGAGAAGUACAGGGUAAACGACAUGCUGUUUACCGCAAGAGCUAAUGAUGAAACUGUCAUCACAGCUGGCAGUAGUGCCGAGGGUCUUGUCUGCGUACAUGAAAGCGACCUUGACCGUUUAUUCGUGCUAAACAAUGUCCUCUGUGUGGAAGACGGAGUCGAUAUUCACACUAUACCGACUUACAUAGAAGUGUUUAGGAUGGAUACAUUUGCAUACCCAGGACACUGCAGAAUGCUACUGGAGAGAUUUACUUUCACAUAUUGUGCUAGUAUUUAUAAAGCUCUGUGUCUUGACGGACAAGGGAACGCUUUGCUAAGCAGUAAAUUAUUUCUUGAUGAAGCAAAACAUAGAUAUAACGGAGAACUUCCAAAGAAACGCACAGGGCCCGCACUAACGGUAUUCACUGGAGGAGGAAGCACUUUCGACUUAGUGUUCGCAAUUCGUUGUCAAUGUCCCGGCAUCCUGCAGAGAUGGGCUCAACGAUCUCGAUAUUGGCCGCCACCAAAUGUCGUUCAGAAAGUUGUAUCAUCAGAAUCUUUUCUUUGUCCCGUAGGAUGUAAAAGCAGUAUAAACGAACAUUUAGAGUGGAGGAUUUGCUUUAACAUAGGCGAAACGGAACUCGUUCACAAUCUUAAUGGCACUCAGGCAAAAGAGUAUGUAAUUCUUAAAAUGAUUGUCAAAGAGGUACUGAAACCAAACAAUAAAGAAAUAACGUCCUUUGUGUUGAAAAAUAUAAUAUUUUGGCAGGCUGAAAGCAAUUCACCCUCUAUGUUUCAAGAAAGAAAUUUGAUCCGUUGGUUACAUGACGCUCUGAAAACACUCAGAACUGUCUUAUCAUCAAAACAGCUUCCAUACUACAUGAUUCCGGAGCGUAAUCUGAUGGAAGCAUGUGGAUUGCAGGAUCAACAGCAGCGUAAAUGGGUGGCAGAUAUCACGGACAUGAUAGAAGAAGGUCCGAGAGUGAUACUUCGGUUGCCAAGGAUACGGCAGGCCAUUAUCUGUCACCCAGAGCCGCUGCUGUGGUUCAGCAGGAGAAGGAUGGAGCUGGAGUUGCUGGAGCUGGAGUAUAUGAACAGACACGUGCAAUGUAUGGAUGAGGACUCGGAGUAUGAUGACACGGAUAUCAUCCUGCAGGCGAUAUAUUGGCGGCAGAGUCAGAUACUAUGGGAAGUAAUUCAAAGGAUGUUUAUUGAAGGCAGCGCUGUAAAUGAUCGUGAUAGUGAUGAAAUAAAGCGCAGAAUAUUGAUGUAAAAA